AUGGAACACUCGCAAACUAAGUACAUAGUAAUAUCUAUCUAUCUAUCUAUCUAUCUAUCUAUCUAUCUAUCUAUCUAUCUAUCUAUCUAUCUUAUUCUAAUCAUUAUCUAUCUAUCUAUCUAUUUUUCUCUCUCUAUCUUCAUAUAUAUAUAUAUAUAUAUAUUGCACGAAGCCUUCACCACUAUAAUCAAAUCUCAUGUGCCGGUUCAUCAUGGGGUGUUAAUUUAUUUGUCCUACAUUUCUGUGUCUCACUCCUCUCUUUCUAUUUCUCUCUCUGUUUCUGCCUGUCUCUUUCUGUCUCUGUCCCUCUGUCCUCUCUCUCUCUCUCUCUCUCUCUCUCUCUCUCUCUCUCUCUCUUUCUUUCUACGUCACGCUAAUUCCCAUAUCUAUCUAUCUAUCUAUCUAUCUAUCUAUCUAUCUAUCAAUCUAUCUAUCAAUCUAUCUAUCUAUCUAUCAAUCUAUCUAUCUAUCUAUCUAUCUAUCUAUCUAUCUAUCUAUAUAUUUGAACGACGACGAAUUAUCUAUCUCAGCCUCUUCAUUAUCUCUCUAUCUAUCUAUCUAUCUAUCUAUCUAUCUCAGCCUCUUCAUUAUCUAUCUAUCUCAGCCUCUUCAUUAUCGAUCUAUCUAUCUAUCUAUCUAUCUAUAUGUUGUUCUAUCUAUCUAUCUAUCUAUCUAUCUAUCUAUCUAUCUAUCUUAUCUAAUCAUAUCUAUCUAUCUAUCUAUCUAUCUAUCUAUCAUUAUCUAUCUAUCUUAGCCUAUUCAUAUCUAUUCAUCUAUCUAUCUAUCUAUCUAUCUAUCUAUCUAUCUAUCUAUCUAUCUAUCUGUUGUAACCUACAGAUACAACAUGCUCCUCUUCAUUAUCUCUCUAUCUAUCUAUCUAUCUAUCUAUCUAUCUCAGCCUCUUCAUUAUCUAUCUAUCUCAUUCUUCAUUAUCGAUCUAUCUAUCUAUCUAUCUAUCUAUAUGUUCCUAAUCAUAUCUAUCUAUCUAUCUAUCUAUCUAUCUAUCUAUCUAUCUAUCGCUUAGCCUAUUCAUAUCUAUCUAUCUAUCUAUCUAUCUAUCUAUCUAUCUAUCUAUAUAUCUAUCUAUCUAUCUAUCUAUCUGUUUUAAUGUUCUAUCUAUCUAUCUAUCUAUCUAUCUAUCUAUCUAUUGUAACCUAG